CCUUUCUUCCCUAAAUCCAGAAGGCGGCCAUUAACAUCCCACCUAUUCGAAGAAAAAAACUACUGUUCGACCUAAGUACUUGUAAAUUCAGUGAGUUACGAUUACUUGUCUGCCUAAUUUGAGUUCUCGGUUCAAGGGCAACAAAAGGAACGUGUGUAAAUUUUCUUCCCACUUUUUGCUACCUGGGAGAAACUUGUAUAAAUGCACCGGCAGUCCUCAUAACUCACACUCACAAGUGCGAGCUGAAUUAUAGACCGUAACUCCGAGCUGCAGUUAUUCGGUCUUAUUCCUGUUUAUUCGAGUCCUCUGCCCAGGCCAAAUUACCCACAGUACAUAUCCAAAUUUCUUCCAAAACAUCAAAUGGCGAACUCGGCAACUAUUCCAGCGGAAGGCGAUUCGUACUACAUUGUCAAUGUGAAAACAAAUCGUGUUUUGGUCGACAACGUGAACCGAAUGCUCAUGGAUAAGGCGCAAACAACUCCCUUUCCUUCCCAGCUGAAUGCAUGGGUCGAUCAUUUUACCUUCUCCAAGUCGGAGAGCGAUAACGGCUCCUGGAUUAUAAGGGGCAACGUACGUAUCUUGACGACCGCUGGUGAGGAGGAAGGUAUACUGUACACGGGUGGUCGUGACCAGCCAGGAUUCGAGUGGGAUGUCAUCGCUUCGAGCGAAUACAAAGAUGCUUACCGCAUCCAAAAUCGCCACAACCAAGAUCUGAUAUACGAUGCUCCAGUGCAGGAUGCUAAUCCUCCUCUGCUUGUUGCGCGCUAUGGCAAGCGCGACGAAUCCGAUGAAACGGCACAAUGGUAUCUCACCAAAAGGGGGCCUCGUUCAGACUAAGCCGUUUCAUCCGAGCAUCUCUAUCGAUCCUGUCGGCUGAUUAGAGUGAUGGAAGACACCACGACGACGCUCGAGAGAGUUCAUAGAUCGGACGGAAGCUCGUCCUCUGAAAUACGGUCGACAUGGGAGGAUCAGCCCCCUACAAAUAAAGCGGCUCUGGGUUUAUGAGCGGAAAGCAUCGAUCAUGUAGCGUUUGAUCGUCGGCUUGUGCGUAUAAAUUCUAUAUGAUUGACUGUAUCAUGUUACUAAGUUGUAAUAAAAAUGUUGACCAUCCUGGAAAUCUAUCCAGUCCGUCACGAAAUCCA